AUGUACCAGCUGCUCUCACCCAGGACGGCACGCCACGCCCGUCUCUUUCGUCUUGCGAAUAACCUCGCGUCAUCUCCUUCCGGCACCGCCGGCGUUCCAAAGACGGACGGUGAACGUUUGCUGUGGGUGAACUCGCAUGUUAAGCGUAAUAAAGACAUUGAGAUGUCUAUUGAAGAGGAAAGCCUCCGGGAACGGCAACUGCCAUUGAAGUUGGGCGAAAACGCCUUCACCUCGAGCGCACAGGCAACACACGGCAGCCUAUUUCACUUCCGUGAAUACCCCAUGUACCCGGGGGAAUACGUACCGGCCGGGCAUAACACAUUGUCAUCCCUGCGCCACGAAUUGCGGUUAGAGCUUACCGCGCAAUCACUUAAAGAGGCAUGGAUGCGUAUAAGCGGCGGGAUUUAUUUUCAGUCGGCGGACGACUAUUAUGCAUCCGUGGACGGUCUUGAUGCAGAACAGCUUGGAGAAGUUCUUGCCGCCCUCUUUCCGUAUCUCAGCACCUACGAGGCCCAGGCGCUUGUGCAGUGUACAUUGGACUCCAUCAGCAAGCCGAUGAACACCGCAUCGCGACAGCUGAGUCGCACCAUCACGGCAGAAGCGGUGGGUCUUGAUAAUGCUCCAGGUCAUUACACAAAUUUCUUGGACUGGAUGGGACGCCUCACAGAAACACGGGGAUUCAAGACGGAGCACGCGCUCUUCCAGUUCAGCCGACGGAAGUUUAACAGGGACGACGUUCGUGUUAUGUUUGAGAAUUACAAACUUAUGAGCCGAGCGACCCUUAUUGCGGACAGUGCUGACAGUUAUAGUCACUUUUACACGGUGCUGAAAGAUUUUGCACGAAAGGUGGCCGGUGAGGACUCACGCCACCAGAUUGGUGUACGCAUUGACGAGCCGGAGGUGGAUGCGGAGACCGGCAUUGCCGUCGGCCGUGGUUGCGCGGAUGGGGAAAAGUAUCAAUUUACUGCUCUCUUGCGUGAGAACCGAGAUCACAACGGCGCCAUCACCAUCAUGGGCAAGCCAAUGGCCCUCGUGCUGGAUAAUAAGGCAUGGCUGAUGGAGAUGCUGCUUAUGCCUUUUGAUGAGGCGAAUUUGGAUUAUAGGGACUUUGACGUACACAUUGUGUUGGAGGGGCAUGCUAUGCCUUCCAUCGCCAACGAAAUUGCGGCUUUUGCCCUGCGCAUGUCGAUUGCCAACGCCCUUGUGAAGCUCUUGCCUCUCACACGCAUUCCUCUGAAGAAGUCCGGCCUGCUCUCCGUGGAUCGUCGUCGCGAGAGGGGGCAGUUCCCCGGGUAUUUGGACGGAAAGAAGGUCAAGCGAAAGUUUGCCAAGCGUUAG